GGUUAUGAUCGGUUCGCUGGGGUCUCAUCGUCUCAUCUCCCCAUCUCCGCAUCUCUGGUCCGCGACCGCUUCAGUUUGCCGGCGUCCACCGUUCGACGAGCCACGCCACCAUGAGCUGUCCCUACGCAGGAAACGGAAACGACCACGACGACUCGGCGGUGCCCCUGACCACGGAGGUGGGAAAAAUCUACGGGGAGUACCUGAUGCUGGACAAACUGCUGGAUGCACAGUGUAUGCUCUCCGAGGAGGACAAGCGACCCGUCCACGAUGAGCACCUGUUUAUCAUCACGCACCAGGCCUACGAGCUUUGGUUCAAGCAGAUCAUCUUCGAGUUCGACUCCAUUCGGGACAUGCUGGAUGCAGAGGUCAUCGAAGAGACCAAGACCCUGGAGAUUGUCAAGCGACUAAACCGAGUGGUUCUCAUUCUGAAGCUUCUAGUGGACCAGGUGCCCAUUCUGGAGACGAUGACCCCGCUGGACUUCAUGGACUUUCGCAAGUACCUGGCGCCCGCGUCUGGCUUUCAGUCGCUGCAGUUCCGCCUGAUCGAGAACAAGUUGGGUGUGUUGACCGAGCAGCGGGUGAGGUACAACCAGAAGUACUCGGAUGUCUUCAGCGAGGAGGAGGCGCGCAAUUCGAUCCGGAGCUCGGAGAAGGAUCCCUCGCUGCUGGAGCUGGUGCAGCGGUGGCUGGAGAGGACGCCGGGCCUGGAGGAGGACGGCUUCAACUUCUGGGCCAAGUUCCAGGAGAGCGUGGAUCGGUUCCUGGAGGCACAGGUCCAGAGCGCCAUGCUCGAGCCGGUGGAGAAGGCCAAGAACUAUCGGCUGAUGGACAUCGAGAAGCGACGAGAGGUGUACCGCUCCAUCUUCGAUCCGGCGGUCCACGAUGCGCUGGUGCGGCGCGGUGACCGCCGGUUCAGCCAUCGGGCCCUCCAGGGCGCCAUCAUGAUCACCUUCUACCGGGACGAACCGCGCUUCAGCCAGCCCCACCAGCUGCUCACCCUGCUGAUGGACAUUGAUUCGCUGAUCACCAAGUGGCGAUAUAAUCACGUGAUCAUGGUGCAACGCAUGAUUGGAUCCCAGCAGCUGGGCACCGGUGGAUCGUCCGGAUAUCAAUAUCUGCGCUCCACUCUCAGUGAUCGCUACAAGGUGUUUCUGGAUCUUUUCAACCUGUCCACCUUCCUGAUUCCCCGCGAGGCGAUUCCUCCGCUGGAUGAGACCAUUCGCAAGAAGCUGAUCAACAAGAGCGUCUGACGAUCGGCAGGGGA